AUGGAAGACAGGAGCAGUCACAAGCGAGCUUUUUUGGAUUUCUUAGAUCAAAACAUUUACAAGGAUGAGAUCAAAGCCAUGAUCAAUCACAAACGUCGCCGUCUCAUCAUCAACAUCUCCGAUCUCCACUCUUUCCAGGAUUUUGGUCCCAGGAUUUUGCGAAACCCUAGUGAGUAUAUGCAAGCAUUCUGCGAUGCAGCCACUGACACUGCUCGCACCAUUGACCCAAAGUACUUGAAGGAAGGAGAGCAAGUUCUUGUGGGUUUUGAAGGUCCUUUUGUUUCUCGCCGCGUCACCCCUAGAGAGCUUCUUUCUGAAUUCAUUGGCUCCAUGGUUUGCGUCGAAGGCAUAAUCACCAAAUGUUCUCUUGUAAGGCCAAAGGUUGUCAAAAGUGUUCACUUCUGUCCUCAGACCGGGAGCUUAACUACUCGUGAAUAUCGGGACAUUACAUCUAAUGUUGGUUUGCCCACGGGCUCCGUGUAUCCUACAAGGGAUGAGAAUGGCCGUUUAUUGGUUACUGAGUAUGGAUUGUGCAACUACAAAGAUCAUCAAACCUUGUCGAUGCAAGAAGUUCCUGAGAACUCAGCUCCUGGUCAGCUUCCACGCACUGUGGAUGUCAUAGUUGAGGAUGAUUUGGUUGACUCCUGUAAGCCUGGUGAUCGAGUGGCUAUUGUCGGGAUUUAUAAAGCACUUCCUGGGAAGAGCAAGGGCAGUGUGAAUGGAGUGUUCAGGACUGUGCUCAUAGCCAAUAAUGUUUCCUUGCUCAACAAAGAGGCAAAUGCACCAAUUUACAGUCCAGAAGAUUUAAAGAACAUUAAAAAGAUAGCUGAAAGAGAUGAUACAUUUGACCUGCUUGGUAAUUCACUUGCACCUUCAAUAUAUGGCCAUUCAUGGAUAAAGAAAGCAGUGGUUUUGUUGAUGCUAAGUGGAGUGGAAAAGAACUUAAAGAAUGGUACCCAUUUGCGGGGUGACAUCAACAUGAUGAUGGUUGGUGAUCCAUCUGUUGCCAAAUCUCAACUCUUAAGAGCGAUCAUGAAUAUUGCUCCCUUGGCCAUAUCAACCACUGGUCGUGGUUCUUCUGGUGUAGGAUUGACAGCUGCUGUUACUUCUGAUCAAGAAACAGGAGAAAGAAGGCUUGAAGCUGGAGCAAUGGUUCUUGCUGAUAGAGGUGUUGUCUGUAUUGAUGAAUUUGACAAGAUGAAUGACCAGGAUCGUGUUGCUAUACAUGAGGUUAUGGAGCAGCAGACUGUUACUAUUGCCAAAGCUGGUAUCCAUGCAUCUCUGAAUGCUCGAUGUAGUGUUGUGGCUGCUGCAAAUCCCAUAUAUGGAACGUAUGAUCGUUCAAUUACACCAACGAAGAAUAUUGGACUUCCAGAUUCUUUGCUGUCUCGUUUUGAUUUAUUGUUUAUAGUAUUGGAUCAAAUGGAUCCAGACAUUGAUCGUCAUAUUUCAGAGCAUGUCUUGCGCAUGCAUCGUUACCGUUCUGCAAUUGAUGGUGGUGAGGCAGCGCUUGAUGCAAGUUCAAGAUAUGGAAGAGAAGAUGAUGCUGAUGCUGACUCGUCUGUCUUUGUCAAGUAUAACCGGAUGCUACAUGGAAGGAAAACAGAAAGGGGCCGGAAGCGUGACACACUUACAAUCAAGUUUCUUAAAAAGUACAUUCAUUAUGCAAAGCAUAGGAUUCAACCUGAGCUGACUGACGAGGCAUCCGAAUACAUUGCGACAACGUAUGCUGAGCUCAGAAGUGCCAGUUCAACUGCAAAGACUGGUGGAACACUUCCAAUUACUGCCAGAACCUUAGAAACUAUAAUACGUCUCUCCACGGCUCAUGCCAAAUUAAAAUUGAGCAGAAAGGUUUCUAAAUCUGAUGUUGAGGCUGCCCUAAAAGUUUUAAAUUUUGCAAUAUAUCAUAAAGAACUUACUGAGAUGGAGGAGCGUGAGCAAGAAAGAGAGACAGAGUUGGAGAGUAAGCGCAGAGCUGAGUGUCAUUCUCAAAGAGAUGUAGAUGACCAUGCUACUGUUGAUAGAGAUGGUUCAGUGACAGAUGCCAUGGAAGUUGAUGACCAUCCUCCAGCAGUGCACGCGACUGCUGAGUUGUCUCCAGAAAGAAUUGAAGCUUUUAAUUCAGCAUUUCGGGAGCAUAUGCGUUACUUGGAUAGCAUAACCAUUGAUGACCUAGAGAAGGUUGUCAACACGGGAGGUGUUUCCUACUCCAGGGAAGAGUUAAUGCUUCUCUUACAGAAGCUGCAUGAUGAGAACAAAGUGAUGAUAGCUGAUGGAAAGGUUCACAUGACUGAAAGGGUUAGAUUUCAGGAUUUUGUGAGCACGGGUGGCAGCCUUAGUUUGGAGAGCAAAAGGUUUUGGUUGAAGAAUCCCAGCAUGUGCUUGCUGAGAGCUGUCAUAGCAAAUUGCAAUGACAUUAGUGGUGGUGCGUCAUAG